UUACACCGAUGACUCUUCGCUGCGGCGAAGCUCAUGCUGUGCAGCUUGAUUCAAAGUGAUUCAUCAAAGUUGCAUCAAAGCGAUCGACAAAAAUGCACCAAUAGGAGCUUAUGCAGCUAAACCACCAACAAUUCUGCCAAUACUGUUUAAUUGCUUACUUGCACACCAAACCCUAAACCGGCGCUGCAGCUGCCAUAUCAAAAUUCACCGCUUUGUCCAGUGGCAGCCCCUCAAGCACAAAAAAUUGAGCCCCACCCCCGGCAGCAAACCAUUUCUGGGUCUUUUGCGACUGACGGCCACCACCACAAACCAGUCCAUCCACCCGCGACCCUACCACCGCCCCGACGAACCCCCCGCAAACCGACCCGUCGAUUUACAGUUCCGAGUUUGCCUGUCACGAGUUCGAAAUCAUGAGCGCCUUCCAGCAGGGUAUGGCCCCUAUCCGGGCCAUGGAGGACGAUAGCGAUGUUGAGGAGGAGGCCCUCGUCGCCGACUACCAGGAGCAGGUCCAAUACGGACAGGACGACGAUUUGGACGGCCUCGACCAGGCUGCCCUUGCCCAGGCUGCCGACGAUCUCCAGGCCCGGUUACUCCAGGCCGCUCAGCCCUUGGAUUAUCAGGCGACGCUCGAGGCCAAGUUCUCAAGCUACGACAACUACUGCAGCUUGUUCCACUACAUCCUUAAUUCGGAAGGCCCCGUCGAUCUCGAGCCUCCAUCGUACUACUGGGCCUGGGAUGUGAUUGAUGAAUUCAUUUACCAGUUCAACACAUUCUCCACAUACCGGGCGAGGAUCGCGCGGCAGGGAAACAACGAGGAGGAGGCUCAGCUUCUCAAGGAGAACCCAAACACCUGGGGUUGCUACAGCGUGCUCAACGUUCUCUACUCCUUGAUCCAGAAGUCUCAGAUCCAGGAACAGCUCCAGGCUACCAAGCGCGGUGAGGAUGCCGCCCUUGUCGCCGGUCCCUACGGAUCCAAGGCCCUUUACAAGAUGUUGGGCUACUUCUCGAUCAUUGGCCUCCUCCGGGUCCACUGCCUUCUCGGUGACUUCAGCCUCGCGCUUAAGACUCUCGACGACAUUGAGCUCAACAAGAAGGCCAUGUUCGCCCGUGUCAUGGCUGCCCACUUCACCACAUACUACUAUGUGGGUUUCUCUUACAUGAUGAUGCGCCGCUACGCCGACGCUCUCCGCAUGUUCAGCCACAUCUUGAUCUACGUCUCCAGGACCAAGAACUUCCAGAAGAACGCGCAGUACGAUAACAUCAACAAGAAGAGCGACCAGAUGCUCGCUCUCAUCGCCAUCUGCGUUGCCUUCCAGCCCACUCGUCUGGAUGACAGCAUCCACACCGCCCUCCGUGAGAAGUACGGCGAGCAGCUCCUGAAGCUCCAGCGUGGCGGCCCCGAGUCCCUCCCCGUCUUCGAGGAGCUCUUCCGCACUGCGUGCCCCAAGUUCAUCUCUCCCGUACCUCCCAACUUUGAUGCCCCCGAGAGCAACAUCGAUCCCAUUGAGCACCACCUUUCCAUCUUCAUGGAGGAGGUUAAGACCAACAUGUUCAACCCCACCAUCAAAUCUUACCUCCGUCUUUACACCACCAUGGACCUCAAGAAGCUGGCUGGUUUUCUGGACGUCAAGCCCGAGGAGCUCCGUUCUAUCCUGCUUGUUAACAAGCAGCGCAACAAGCAGAUCCGGUGGAACGAGGGUGCUCUUUUGGAGGGCGAGUGGGUUAACACCAGCGACCUCGACUAUGCUCUCCAAGGUGACCUUAUCCAUAUCUCGGAGGCCAAGAUGGGCCGCAAGCUCGUUGAUUGGUAUCUCCGCAACCUCUCGCGCACUUAUGCAUGAAGGAGCAAUAUCACACCGCAGGGACCAGGGGUUUCGGCUGAGAUGGGAAUGACACAAAAUGGAUAUUUCUCCAUUGGGUCAUACUGAUACCCAGUCUGCUGUGUACAUCUCACCAGGGAUUUAUGUAGGGCACGGUAACGGAAAGACAAAAGCAGGGAGCUGGAUGGGCGGGGUGGAUUAACGCACGCAAGGUACCUUUUCUGUGGUUUGCAGCAUUGCAUAUCAGGCGUCAAAAUGGAAAGCUUUUUUUUUCUUUUUUUCUUCGCCUGAAAGGGAGGCACGAUAUGCAGCACAUACCAUGACAACGCGCGCGGCGGGUAGACGGUAUGGAACGGAGGGAAACAUUUAAGAAAAAGGGGGCCUCCGAAAAGUCCGGUCGAGGGAAGACAAGACUGGCCGGCGGCCGAGUAUACCCCGAGGUAGUUUGAAGGAUCGCCGGUUUCCCUGGAGAUAAGAGCCACGGCAGGAAUGGAGAGCGGUGAUAAGCGGCUUUUCGGCUUGUGUGGUAUGUUUCUGGGGAAGUAAGCAGGGUGCUACUAUUAUAUGGUACCAGCUUCGGACAGCGAUCUUUAAUACGAUGUGGAUUUGAAAGCA